CAGCAAAACUGGUCUCAGCAGUCAUCUCCGUCGUCUUGUCGAAAAAAGCACGAUUUCGUCGUCGUGCGAGCAAUAUUCGUGAAAUUGUUAAAUUUUCGUGCGUGAUUCUGUUUCAAGUAGUGCAAAACUGGUGUGCGAUCGUAUUGGAAGCAAACGUUUCGUGUGACCUUCGCGGAAAAGUGAAGAAUAAAGAAAUCUCCAACCUCUUUUCAUCCCUUCCACAUUAUUUUUGUAACUCGCGAACAAGGGAGGAGAGGUGCGUUCACUGUUGAAAAAAGCAGCGUAAUAGUUAAAGUUUUUGAAAAACCCUGUCCAAAAUCACCAGUUCGUCGUGGCAGUGCGAAUUUGCGCUUGGUUGUACGCGUUUUUCGUGGAUCUAAAUUCUGCAAGUUCGAACGCUGAUUUCCAUCGCUCUUGAGCAGAAGCAGCAGCAGCAGUACAUCAUCAGCAUCUUCCCAGCUGUUGUGCGGUUCGGACGCUGACGAGCCAGCAGAGUGUGUGAGAGAGAGAGAGAGGGAAAGAAGAAAAAAAAAUAAACCAUGUCUUCGCAGCCGUCCAGUUCCGCCGUGCGAGCGUUGUCACUGGAGUACAAAAGCCUCCAGGAGGAACCGGUCGAAGGUUUCCGCGUCAAGCUGCUGAACGAGGACAACCUCUUCGAGUGGGAAGUGGCCAUCUUCGGCCCGCCGGACACUCUCUACCAGGGUGGUUACUUUAAGGCCCAUAUGAAAUUCCCUCCAGAUUAUCCGUACUCUCCGCCGUCUAUACGAUUCUUGACAAAAGUAUGGCACCCGAACGUUUAUGAGAACGGAGAUCUGUGCAUCUCGAUCCUGCACCCGCCGGUGGACGAUCCCCAGAGCGGCGAGCUUCCGUGCGAGCGGUGGAAUCCAACGCAGAACGUGCGCACCAUCCUGCUGUCCGUGAUCUCACUGCUGAACGAGCCCAACACCUUCUCGCCGGCGAACGUGGACGCGUCGGUCAUGUACCGGAGAUGGCGGGACUCGCAGGGCAAGGACAACGAGUACCCGAACAUCAUAAGAAAACAAGCCCAGGCUGCCAAGGCCGAAGCCGAGAAGGAAGGGAUCGUUGUUCCGACGACGCUGGAAGAAUACUGCAUCAAAUCCAAGACGAAACCCAGCAGUCAGGAACCACAGCUCGACAUGACAGACUUUUACGACGAUGAUUAUGAUUUGGAUACCGAGGAUGAUGACCAGUCGGUGGAGUCGUUUGCCGACGGUGAUGACAGCGGCAACGGUGAAUCAUAACAGACUAACUGAGCUAGUGUUAAUUUGGUUUAAUUUACGAUGUAUUUGUAAUAAACUAACAAUAAUCGAUUAAUGCAAAAAAAA